GACCGGGAAAAAGGGGCCGGUUUGGACAAUGAUAUAUCUAUAUAUGCGUGAUAUCAGAGUGCCCCUCCGCUCCCCCAAAUCACUCCUUCUGACUUCGAUUCCCCCGGAUUUGGUUCACGCUCCGCCAUUGAUGGCCACGAAAGUCUAUAUUGUAUACUAUUCCAUGUAUGGCCAUGUGGAGAAGCUUGCUGAGAAGAUAAAGGAAGGUGCCUUAUCUAUUGAAGGCGUGGAAGCCAAACUGUGGCAGGUUCCAGAAACUCUCCCAGAUGAAGUGCUUGUCAAAAUGAGUGCACCUCCAAAGAAUGAAGUGCCAAUUAUUUCACCAAAUCAACUAGCUGAGGCAGAUGGUCUUUUAUUUGGAUUUCCUACCAGAUUUGGCAUGAUGGCUGCACAGUUCAAAGCAUUUCUUGAUGCAACUGGUAGUUUGUGGAGAUCUCAAGAACUUGCAGGCAAGCCUGCUGGACUCUUCUUUAGCACUGGAUCUCAAGGUGGCGGACAAGAGACUACAGCAUUGACUGCUGUAACGCAGUUGGCUCACCAUGGAAUGAUCUUUGUACCAAUUGGAUACACUUUUGGAGCUGGUAUGUUUGAAAUGGAGAAGGUUAAGGGAGGCAGCCCUUAUGGUGCAGGUACUUUUGCUGGGGAUGGUUCUAGAUUCCCGUCUGAAAUUGAACUGGAGCAAGCUUUCCACCAAGGAAAGUACUUCGCUAUUAUUGCAAAGAAGCUCAAAGCAUCAGCUUGAUCUGUGGCGCGCUAUGCCAUUCUAAGGUUUGAUGAAGUCCUCUAUAUAUACAUUACAUUAAGACCCCUUCUGCAAUUUAUCAUUGGUUGUGUAUAAAGCUUGGUCGAGUCUGCGAGCACGAAUGUAAAUUGUUUUGUUAUCUUUUCUAAAAUAUAAGUUGUUUUGUUAAAUAUUGAUUAAUGUAAUUGUCCUGUUUCUAUACGUUAGUCGUCAACUCGUUUGCUUCAGUGUAACUUUUCUUCAGAGAUGAAUGAACACUAGUGUUGUUUUAA